AACGAUAACAGAUUCAAGUCGGUUGAGUCGAUAAAUAACACGAUCAACGCCCUGCGCUUUAUUAGGAGAACUGUGACCGUCCGAUAGUCCAUCCCUGAAUGUCCAUACGACGUCAUUGAAUCCCGCAUCAGCAACAUUCAUACAUCUAUUUGAUUAUGAUAAAGCACAACAAACACCGAGAUAAUUGAGCUUGACAAGCUAGAUCUGCCACAAUGUGGCGUGAUCGGACAAACCUCUACAUCUCCUACCGUCAAUCAUUCGCCCAUCAUCCAACCAAGAAGCCACGCUACUUCGGCCCAUCCCAAGGCUUCUCCGAUACCACAUUACUAUCCGAGGAGAGAAGAGGUCUCAUCGCCGGAGCGGCCGACGGACUAGAAGACGACGGCGAUGCAGUUAUUGAAAUGGACCUAUUGCCCCCUCGAUGGGUAGACGUACAAGAAGAAGUAACCGAGACAUUGGCCGAUAUUGCACAGAAAUCCGCACGACUCGAUAAACUACACCAGAAACAUAUACUACCUAGUUUUGGGGAUGAAGGCGCGCGAAAGGAAGAAGAAACGAUUAUUGAGCAAUAUACGCAGGAGAUCACGAGGGGAUUCCAUAGUUGUCAAAAGGCGAUUCAGCGGAUUGAUGCGCUAGUGCGCGAGCAGAAGCAGCUUGGUUCCGUGACGAAAGGGGAUGAGACGAUGGCGAAGAAUAUUCAAAUUUCGCUUGCAGCGAGGGUUCAGGAGGCUAGUGCGCGGUUUAGGAAGAAACAGAGCACGUAUUUGAGAAAACUACGAGAACUAGAAGGCAUGGUCUCCCCGUUUGAGCGAGUCUCAACACCAAUUCAAUCCCAAUACUCCGACCCCUCACUUAUGGAAUCCGACGCCGACAAAUCUUUCUCCCAGUCAACUCUACAACAAACUUCCCAAAAACAACAGCAACAGCUCACCGUCAGCGGCGCAAAUGAUGUUGCAAUCGCUCAACGGGAGCGCGAAAUCAACGAUAUCGCAAAAGGUAUCAUUGAAUUAUCCGAUAUAUUCCGUGAAUUGCAAACCAUGAUUAUCGAUCAGGGCACUAUGCUAGACCGCAUUGAUUAUAAUGUUGAGCGCAUGGCUACGGAUGUUAAACAAGCUGAUACGGAGCUUAAAGUGGCAAGCAACUAUCAACGCAAAACAACAAAACGCAAAAUAAUCCUCCUCCUCAUCCUGAUCAUGAUCGGGAUGAUCGUCCUCCUCGCCCUAAAACCGAAACGACAUAAUAAUAAUAGUAAUAUUCCCGACACAACCACCCCUCCUCAAGAGGACGUCCAAAACGAUCAACAAAUACCACCGCGGUUAUCGCGUAGAAUAGCCCGAUCUCUGGAAGACGGCGCUGAUGAUGAUAUCUUUGGUGCCAGGCACCUGUAUUGGCAAAGGGAUAAUAGGAAUAAUUAUCAUGAGUUUGAUUCGUUGUUUUCGUCUGGGUUGUUGAUUUAAAUCAGACUUGUUUUUGGUCUGUUGUCUAUAUUUUGAGGUGUGUUCAUAGUGUUCAUCGUGGAAUAUGAUGAUGACUCGACAUCGGUGAUCAGCGCCGUUCUCCAUUGAAGCGUUUUUGUUGGUUGAUAGUAUUGUUUCUUUUUUGGAUUGUACCAUAUUGACUAAAGUCGG